AUGAAGAGACUGAGCUCGGUUCUCCUCGUGGUUCUCCUGAUGCUGGCGGUCGGGGAGGGUGACAAUGAUCCAGACCCGCAGUCCUGGACCUGCGGGUCUGGAGGACUCUGCAGACGGUUCUGCUUCGCCAGGGAGAGCGUCGCCGGUCGUCACGGCUGCCCUCCGAGACACAGGUGA